AUGAUACAUCAGAGUCUGGUGUUUAUCUUUUAUUACCUGCCAGAUCCCUCUGGAAACAGCCUCCAUGGAAUUCAUCAUCUGCAGUGUUUGUUUCAGGAUGCGAGAGAUGAAGGCAAUGAGAUGGAAGGCAACAGGAUGACGAAAUUAAGGAGGACAAGAAAGAAAGUCGCUAAAUCACAGAUUUCUUCAACUGAAAUAGGAGAAAUGGAUAUAUCCAACUCAAAAGAAAGGAUCAAAAAACAAGUGGUGUGUCACAAAGUGGGGGAUAUGAGCAAACCACCUGUGGGACAUGGCUCUGCUGACUCUCAUCUGCCACAAGAUGACAAAGACUUCCAGGAUUACAUACCUGUGAUAAAACUCUUGCCACUCGAAACAUCAGCCAGUGCUCCUGGUGGUGAAUUCAACCCAGACUCCAGCUAUACUGAUAACAACAGGGACAGCAAACAAGUGCCAGCAGUACCUCAACCCUCCUCUAGAAUGAAGCACAUUAAACAAGAGAUGGCCAAAAAUCACCUUCAGUUUGUGCGAUUUGAAGCAACAGAUCUCCAUGGAGUGUCCAGGUCUAAAAGUAUCCCUGCACACUUCUUCCAAGAAAAAGUGAUCCAUGGUGUUUUCAUGCCCCGAGGUUAUCUUGAAUUGGCACCGAAUCCUAAGGACAAUGAAGUGGAUCACAUAAGAGCAACAUGUUUUAACAGUGAUAUAGUCCUGAUACCGGAGUUAUCAACCUUUAGAGUUUUGCCGUGGGCUGAGAGAACAGCCAGAGUGAUCUGUGACACAUUCACUGUGACUGGUGAGCCUUUAUUGACUUCCCCGAGGUACAUCGCCAAGAGGCAGCUGAACCAGCUUCAAGACUCUGGCUUCUCCCUGCUCUCUGCUUUUAUCUAUGAUUUCUGUAUUUUUGGUGUGCCGGAGAUGAUCAAUUCGAAGACCAUAUCUUUUCCGGCUUCCACAUUGCUAAGUAAUCACGACCAGCCCUUCAUCCAGGAGCUGGUUGAUGGUUUGUACCACACUGGAGCCAGUGUGGAAAGCUUCUCUUCCUCUACCAGGCCUGGUCAGAUGGAAAUCUGUUUUCUGCCCGAAUUUGGCAUCGGUUCAGCUGAUAAUGCAUUUACCCUCAGAUCAGGUGUCAAAGAAGUGGCCAGGAAAUAUAAUUACAUCACUAGCUUUUUCUUUGAGACUGGAUUCUGCAACUCAGGUAUUUUGUCUCAUAGUCUCUGGGAUGUGGCAGGGAAGGAAAACCUGUUCUGCAGCAGUUCUGGAGCGGAGCAGCUCACGCUCAUCGGGAAGAAAUGGUUGGCCGGACUCUUGAAGCACUCUGCUGCGCUGAGCUGCCUGAUGGCUCCUGCCGUGAGCUGCCGAAAACGUUAUUCCAAGGAGGGUAAAGACCAGAAGGAGAGAGUGCCUACAACAUGGGGCUAUAAUGAUAACAGCUGUGCUUUUAAUAUCAAGUGUCACGGGGAGAAAGGCACCCAGAUAGAAAAUAAACUGGGCUCAGCAACCGCGAAUCCUUACCUGGUGUUGGCCGCGACGGUCGCAGCAGGUUUGGAUGGGCUUGGGAGCAGCGAUGGUGUCUUGGCCGGUCCAGAUGACAGCACGGAGCUUUACCCAUCGAAACCUUCCGAGAUCCCUUUGAAACUGGAAGAUGCCCUUGUGGCACUGGAGGAAGAUCAAUGUCUGAGACAGGCUCUAGGGGAAACCUUCAUUCGCUAUUUUGUUGCCAUGAAGAAAUAUGAGCUAGAAAAUGAAGAAACAGAUGCUGAGAGAAAUAAAUUCUUAGAGUAUUUUAUUUAGAAUGGAUCUCUUAACUAUUCCUUCAGAGGUGUGAUUUUUACUUAAGUAGCUGAUCUACCAAAAAGAAAAGAUUGGGUUUUGUAAUUGACAAUUAGAUUGCAUAUGCUUUUUUUUUUGCCCCCAUGGAAUAUUUGACCAAUGAAGUAGACUGCUGAGAGAAUUCUGAUAACAAUAAAGUUGUGGUGAAGAUAUAACAUGCAAACUUA